AUGGAGAGAUGCAAUCGGUUGGUAUUGGACUUGUUACCGUUAGAAUUAGAGGUUGGAACUAUAAAGAAGGUGAUAGAAAUAGAAACAAAACUCAUGCUGGCUACCGUUUUGGCGUCAAAUAACUUUGAAAAGGUUAGUGAUUCAGAGUCAGCGAAAGAAACAUGGGAAAUUCCGGAGAAGUCAUUUGGAGGCACGGAGAAGGUGAAAGAUGUGAGAGACGAGAAAACAACCAAACAAGCAGUUGUGGAAGGCAGUGGGGGAUUGUUUCCCACGUGUAGAGAAUCUAAAGGUGAAGUUAAUUUAUUCCUUGGAAAUGCCGGUGCGGCAAUGCGUCCUUUGACGGCAGCCUUGGUUGCUGCAGCACCGUUGGCUCUUAGCGACGUUGAGAUUGAGAUAAUUGAUAAAUUGAUUUCGGCUCCGAUGGGAGCUAAAGUUACAUGGACAGAAAACAGCGUCAUAGUUACCGGGCCUCCACGAGAUUCUUCUGGUCGGAAAGUGUUGCAAGGCAUUGAUAUCAAUAUGAACAAGAUGCCAGAUGUUGCCAUGACACUUGCUGUUGUUGCUCUAUCACCAAGCCUCGUUUGA